UUUGUUUCUGGCCAUAAAGGCUGUGCAUGGGGACGGAUGCAGGACGAAGCUAAGCUAAUAAUCCCGUCGUUGCUGUUAAUUCACAGAUGACACCGGGCUAAUGGCUGUGCCGGAAUGAGGCUUUUUAGGGAACCGGAUGCAUUCCAUCAUGGCAUGACAUGAGUUUAGUCUAUGUUUAAAUACAGCAGUGCACUUUUGAGAGGUCUGUUCAAUUUCCGUGUUCAGCCGUAUUAAUAAUCUAUUCAACUUUAGUAUAGAAAUGUGAAACUAUUCAGUAGAGCACAAUCUACCUUAUCCCCCCCUUGGUCAGCAGCCACAAGGUCAGACACACUGAGUGCAAACUCACUCAAACACCAAUCAUAUGCACCGAUGACAGCUUUAAUUGAAUUGGAAAGCCGGCUCCAUUAUGGGGCUGAGUGUCUAGCUCACUUCCUUAUGGGGUCAUGUUGCUGCAGGUGCUGUAAACUGGGGCAAGAGAGGAAGGAAUGGUGAAUAAAAGGAGGUAGAAGGAUGCCAGCUGAGCCCCUCAUCCCUCUGCUUCCGCCACCGCUGCCAGCUUCAGACUAACGAGAGAUAAGAAAAUGGCUCAGUCCUUGAGGAGGCCGGAGAUUUUGGGAGCCAUGGACCACGAGCACAAGAGGGACAAGGGCAGGAGCAGCUACUUUGGCAACGUCAAGAGCAGGCUGGGUUCCAAGCUUCCUCCUGGCGUCUCUCAGCCUCCACAGUUCGCUAAGCGGCCCUGGGAGACUCCGCCUCAGGCCCGAGUGAUGCAGGAGUCCACACCCAUCAGCCAGCGUCAGCACCAGCCCAUCAUGGGCCGGCCUCUCAACCACAUCCCCCACAUCAGAAACCCCAAGCUGCGGCAGUACUACCUGCAAGGUGCCCCGGCCGUGUUGGAUAUCUCCAGGCAGGGCGCAGGCUGUUUGCAUUUGAAUAGAGGGACCUCAUGGGAUCUGAGCAGUACUGCAGUGAAGCAAGAACAUAUGGCUAGAAUGUCAGAUGACAGCACAGGCAGCAGGGGUCUCCAUGGGGACACAGUGUUCAGCAUCUCAUCUCAGUUCAACAGUAACGGUCCGUCCUCCGCAGAACUGAGCCACUGUCCCUCCCAUGCCUCUUCAAAUGUACCCUCUUCAUCUGCUGCUCUCAUCACUGGAGAGCAGCUGGUCGCACCAAAGGGAAAAAACACUUCCACCGGUCAAGGAUCGUCUAAACCACGGCUGAACUCAGGCUCUGAUCCGAAAGAGAAGCCACAGGCGGAGACGGACGGAGAGUGUUUGGACAUGCUCCCUGCUCCACCACACUCCCCCUCACCAGAGGCAGAAUAUGACAAACUACUGGAUGUGGAGGCGGUGCCGUUGCCUGAUGGACAGCUCUGCUUAUUGGCUCUCCCACCAGAGUGCUGCCAGGGGGAGGGGCCGGGGGCCACGCCGUAUCUCAAACUUUUCUGCCGCUAUAUCACCGACCGCAAGGGGGUCGUUUCCGGGAUCCUGCUGGUGACUUCCAAUAAGAUCUUCUUUGACCCGUGUAAGACUCUUACUCUGGUGAAGGAGCACGGCUGUGAGGAGUACCUCCUGUCAUGUUCUCUUGACAGCCUGGCAUCCGUGGCCUUCUUCUCUGACAUCUCACACAUUCACUUCAACACCUCCCAGCAGAGAAGAAAAGGAAGGACAUUUUUCCAGAAACUGAAAACCACCAAGAGCCGCGCAGACAGCUUCCCAAACCACAAGGGGGAGUCACUUCCAGCUCUGGUGUCUGCAGCCUCAUCGGAUUUGUCCUGUCUGGAUCUGAGCCCGACCAAAGAGGUCUCUGGAGAUGAGGAGGCCGGGACCAGGGACAUGGCAGAGCUGGAGCCUGUCGGCAGUUCGCUGGAGCUGCUGUCUGAGGCGUCUGUCGGAGACCUGGGAGUGGCUGUCCUGAGCAGCACCGCCGCCUCCUUCUGCUGCGGAGGUCAAGAGGAGGCGGGUAAAGUGAAGACGGAACCGCUUCAAGCUGAUGACGCCAAGAAGAGUGAGACCGCAGUGCCUCAUAGAUCGUCAGCAGGUAGUUCCGGGAGCCUGAUGUUUGUGCGCCUACGGGUUCAAACGUCUGCGGGAAAGAGACAAGGUGUUGGAGGUCUUCACCUGGGGUCAGCCAAAACAUUACCCCGAAGAGACGCCUGGCUCGCCCUUUCACAAGAAAGCUCGGACGAGCUGUACGCCUACCUGACACACUGUCGACCGGACCUGUGUAUACUUGAGGGGGAGGGGGGCGAUGAGGAGGGGGAGGGGGAGGCGGACCGUGACGAAGAGGAGUUUGUACUGAUUGAGGACAAAGAGGAGGAGGAGGAGGAUGAGGUGUUCCAGAGGCACCGCGGCUCAGGGGAAGACUGGGAGAUGGUGCUGAUGGAAGAGAACGGGGACAAGCCGACCCUGGUCGUUGACAGGGAACCUGAAGGUCUCAGUAAUAUCGUAGAGAGCAGCCACAUUUUGGAAGCGUCACAUGUUCGAGAGUUAUGUAAGGAACUCCCCCCCCGGACAGUGAGCUGCACCUGGCAGCUGGCUUACAGUACGUCCCGGCACGGCUCCAGCCUCAAGUCGCUCUACAGAAAACUCGGUGGCACAGACUCCCCUGUGCUUAUUGUCAUCAAGGAUGCACUUGAUGAGAUAUUCGGGGCCUUCCUCUCUCAUCCCCUGAGGCCCAGUGAGACAUUUUACGGCACCGGGGAGACGUUUCUCUUUAUGUUGCACCCUCGCUUCAAGUGCUUCAGAUGGACGGGAGAAAACUCUUUCUUCAUUAAAGGAGACUUGGACUCCUUUGCCAUUGGUGGAGGCAGUGGGCACUUUGGUCUGUGGGUGGAUGAGAAUUUGUACCAGGGCCACAGCAGCCCCUGCUACACGUUCAACAACUGCUGCCUCUCAGAAACUGACGACUUCCGAGUCAUGGAGCUGGAGGUGUGGACGUUCAACUGAGGGGGCGGAGAGACUCGCCACGUCGCGGCGAUUCGGCUUCAUUUAGACAGCAUUUAUCACUCGCAGCUUCUAGCUCACUUCAUGGUAACAUCCAUUUAAAAAGAAAGCAUAAAAAACUCAUUAACUACAUACUGCAGGAUGUGAGCAAAUGUGCUGGAUUCUCAUGAAGGGGAAUGAUACCCAACAAGGCUGAUCUUGACCAGCUCGCUGUCCCAGAGUGGGGUCUAACGCUGGACCGUUUUUAACGGUUGACUUAUUCCCGUGGGUUUUCGGACACCAAACGGAGUUGUGCUGAAAAUGUGAAGAGCUGGACUGCUACGAAACUGGAUUAUUUGAAUCUUCAUUUUUGGACGAAGUGAGUUACAAGUCUGGGAAAAUGCACUUUGCUCUCGAUGUGAAUCAGUAACUUUAUGAACAAGAUGGUACACCCGUCUAAUGCAUGUCCCCACUUUCACACAGAUGUGUUCAGUCGAGGCUGAACCCCUGAAACAGACUGGAGUCGUCUAAAGAAUGGAUCUCUAACCCUGCACGUGUACAGCCCCAAGUCCCACUGACGUAAUCCUUCUCUCAGUCAAUGUUCAUUUCUAUGGGUUUGUCAUCAUUAGCAUCAUAACUUACCCUUGAAAAUAAUCAUGACAACACUGGGAAAAAAAACAACUACUUGCAAUGACAAGUCCUGAUUCAUGACUAUUCGGAACUGUUUUUUCAUUUCAAGUGAUGACUGACUCACACACUGUUGUGGUGUAUUAUUACUGCAAAUUAAUGCAGUUCUGUUGUAUCUGUAACAUGCUCUCGCUCAGAUAGCCCCGGUCUACUUUGCUUACUUUGUACAGUAUUGUAGAUUAGUCAUUAAAAAUCAGCACAAUGUGAAAAGGCCA